AUGGAGGAAUCAAACUAAAGUGCAAGCUAGGAGGGUAACUAAGAAGCAUAAAAUGAAUAAACAAAAGACUGCGAAAUUGACAUGGAUUAAUUUACUUUGAGUAAAGUUAAUGUCGCACACCUUAAAUAAAAAGUGAUAAUCAGAUCCACAAUUUAUAUGUUAGAUAACUUAUUUGCCCUAACAGAUGACUUCGGAAAUAUAAGCAUUUAUGAUGCAACGAGUUAUGAAAUUAGUGAAUUUUAAAAUUAAUACAUUACUUAAAGAGUUCCAAGCUAUUCAUUGAGAUUUUAUCAAAAUUAUGGAUUAAAUAAACAAGAUAAUCAACCAGUUCAUGUGAUGUGCUAAUGUCUAUUUAAUAAUAUGAUCAUAUUUUGGAAUAUAACUCAUUAUAUGAAAACCAAGUAGUUAAUUGCUUAUAAAAUUUUGUUUACGCCAUUUAGUUACAUUUACGACUCAGUAAUACUACCUGAUUACAGCCUAAUAGCAGUCACACAUUAAAACUAAAAAAUGUUAGCUUUCUACUAUCAUAACAAUAAUCCAGAAUGUUAAAUAAGAAAAAAAGUAAGCAAAGUAAUCCUAAAUAAAUUGUUCGAUUAGUAACUUUUUACUUUAUAAUAUGACAGAAAAAGGAAAAUUAUUUAUGUAGGUCUUAUAAAUGCUUAGAUUUAAUUUUAUGAUAUGAGACAAAGAAAAGUAAUACAAGUAAUCAAUCCUCAUGUAAACAAUAGAUAUAGUUUUGAUUCAAUCCUUAUCCCAAGAUAAAGUUCUAUAUAAUUUAUUUCAGAAGAGUUUAUCAAUACAAAAAUGGUAGACUAAGAGUAUGAUUUUGAAUACCUUAUUGUUUCUACAGAUUCUGGUUUAAUGUGUAUUAAUUUAGAUUAAUUAUCCAUUUGUACUCAUUUAUCUGGACAUACAAACCAAACUAGAGGAUAGGCUUAUCACAAAGAAUCUAAUUCUAUAUUAUCGAUUUCUUGUGAUAAAAGAAUUGGUAUUCAUCCUCUAAGUUUGCUAUAAAAUGAUUAAUCUAACAGCUCAUAGAAAGUAAGAAAUAUAUUUAGAGAGACACAAUUAAAAGGACUCUGUAAUUCUAUUUCGCUUCAUAAUGAGCAUAUAAUUGUUGUUUCUUGGAAUGGUGAAAUAGGUCAUUACAACUACAAAAAUUAUUAUAAAUAUCAACAAAGUAAAUUGGAGGAAAUACAACUUUUAACUCAAUAAUAUUAAAAAUUGUAAGAAUUAAUUAAAGAAAACAUUUAUUUAAAAUCACUACAAUAGUAAAAUUAAUAGCAAAAGAGUUGA